AGCAGAUAAUCAGAUUAAACGUUUAGUGUGUCCAAAUCUGAAUGUAUAAAGUAACUAGUUAAUACAUUUGUAAAAAAAAUUAGUGUCGUAAAACGUACAUUUGCUUCCAAAACAGGAAGUAAAUAAAAUACUCAGUUAGUUCAAGUACAAGUAGGCGACCAGUUACUUUCCACGGCUGACUAUUUUUAAUUGUUAGGCUACUUUUACAUAGUCUGAGUCACUAGGCGACUUCUUCCACCACUUACUGUUACUACCAAACUUUAAGAACUGCGUAAUAAUUUCUCCCUUUAACUUUUAUUCACUUCGCUAUCCGCCCCCACGCUACCACUUCCAAUGCCACUUCUGAACCACAGAGUACUUACUUUCUCCGCCCCUCCGCGGUGAGCUUUUCCCAAUGAACAACCGCCAAACUUUCCUAAACGACCGCCGGAGCACCCUGCCUCUGGAGCCGGGGGAGGCGUCGCUCUCCUCGGCUUGAGUCUCGGGGAACUCCUCGGUGUCGUAACAACCAGGACAGUCGUCUUCCUCCGGGUUAUCGUGCUCUUCCUCCUGGUCUAGGACUCCCGAGGAUAUGAGCCGCUCCAUGACGCUCUCGUCCACUCUCAGCUCGGAUCUCAGCGUCCCGGAGACGGAGGUGGUUUGGCGACACAGCGGACAGACGAUGGGUCCUUGGGGUCGUGAAAGGGCCAGGAGGCAGGACUCGCAGAAGCUGUGUUUGCAGUGGAGUUCCCGGGGACACCGACGACCCGCGUUGUAUGUCCGGUAACAAACCCUGCACUCCUGUUCUGAACACAUGUUGCUUUCUGGUCUGUUGAGUCAGAAUUUAGUGAGGCAAGAGGUGAUGUGUCCAGACUUUAUACUUCAGAAGUACGUGGAAGGAGGAGGUGACCAACUCUUUUAUCUGUGGGCCAAAUAAAACGUAUGAGUCAUUAAAUGACGUCAUAAAUGACGUAAUGAAAUCAAACAUUGUGUAUGGGAUAAAAAGCAUGUAGGCCUUUACAUUUCCUUUAGUUAAAAAAACUGAAUAAGGAAACUUAUCACACAACAACUCUAAAUAAGUCCAAACGUUAUAUAGAACUUUCAUACACAAACUCAAAGUGAUUCACAAACACAAAGACAAUUUCCCAGGUAAUAACACAUAGCUGCGUGAUUUAAAAGAACACAGGACUUAAUAAAAUAAUACUAAAUAAAUAAACAAAAUAUUAAAUAUAUAAUAAAAUAAAUAUGAAAUAUCUCCUGUAUCAGAAAGACCAGGAAUAUAAUGCUUACCAAGUCCAAUUGUUUACAUUUUUUAAAAAUCAAUAAUUGUGAUUUUUAACACAAAUGUUACAUCUUCCAAAGUCUUUAGAGUAAAAAGGACAAAACACAAAGCAAAAAAAGUCCCCCAGUCUUACUACGCCACUUCCACUGUGUGAUCAUCACAUCCUCACUUCAGUUGUUCCAUAAAUAACCCCUUUGACAUUAAGACAAUUAUAUUUAACAUUCCUUCUCGAAAACCGUUUCUUGAAUAUACAACUUAUUUGGGUUUUUCUUAUACAAAGUUAAAGAUUGAGUGACCCCGACCCAGGACAGAUCAAGCUGACCUAAGGCAUAACUAAACAUGUUAAAGAUUAAUCUCAGUUUGUUGGAUUUGGACUCAUUCAUUGGGAGGCCGUAUUUACAGUCAAACUGCUUUUUUUUUAAAGUCCAGUAAAAGAAUAUGGGAACGAUAUCCCUUCUUCUUAUCCGACAGGCACUCCCCACUGACACUGCAGGGGGUGUGUAUGUGUGUGCACACGUGUGUCUGUGCGCAUGUGCGUGUGUGUGACGUCAGUGUAUUCACUAUGGUAAUCCCCAAACAACUAUCCUACUCCUGUCAGUUGUUUCAGCAUGAACUCCUUUCAUGGUAAUUUCCGCUGAAACUUGGCAGACAAUCCCAAAUUGUGUGUGUGCGUGUGCGUGUGCGUGUGUGUGUGUGUGUGUGUGUGUGUGUGUGUGUGUGUGUGUGUGUGUGUGUGUGUGUGUGUGUGUGUGUGUGUGGUUGUGGUUGUGAUUUUCUUGAGUAAACAACAUAAUAUUUACAGUAAAAGGUUCUCUUUCUUUUUUUGCGUAAAUGACCGUAAAAGAAAGAACGAUUUCACGGAACUGUGGAUUACCUACGUGAAAUGUCUAUCCUGUCCUACAACAAUACAUUCUGUACUGUACUUUAGUGAUAGCAACAACAUAAGAGACAGAUUUUAGAUUUCUGUAAUAACUGUGUGUCUUAGAGAGUCGUAGAGUGAGACAUCCCAAAACAACAGUGACACUUAGUUUGAAGAUUAGAGAAAUGCAGGAAAAGCAAAUCUAGACUUUGAUAUUGCUCAUAACAUCUUUAUUGUCUUGGUUAUUGUUUCAAUUUUCCCUAAUGGUGUCAGUUUUAAGUCAGUUUAAAAAUCUGUCUAUUGAGUUUUAGAUUGUCUGGAUUUGAAAACAUGUAAACCUAUAUCUUUAAAUAUCUCUGUUUUUAAGUGACAGUGAUUCCUUUUAGCUAAUCCAAUAUUUUUUGUAAAUGUUUCAUUUUCAUUAAGGACUAUUUUACUAAAAAAAGCAGAGCUCUAUGUUUUAGAAAAUCAGAGUCAGACUGGUAGUUUAAAUAGCAUAGUUUGCGUAUACACACGUUCUGUACAGGACAAGCUAAAAACUAAAUCGAUGAGGGUGAAACAGAAUAUUACUUUGGGUAAUCACUCAAUGCUCUGAACUGUCACUAAUUUACCUUUACAAGUUUUAAGUCAUAGAUGUGAUUCACUACAAUGUGAGAUGACUUCAAAUCAAGGUUAAGGAAACUGUACAAUGUUAAUAAUCACACCCUUAGCCACACACUACUAUUUUAAAACCCCUUCAUGCUGACUGUGUGGAAGCAUAAUAACAUCAUAUGGAGAAUCUGUCAUUUACUAUCUUGUGUGUCCUAGUUACCCUCACAUCACCAAGGGUUUAAUUACUGCCGAGCAAACCACAGAGACGCCUCAUGAGAGAGGAGGACGAGUAAAAUCAGGGAGGGAGACACUGCCAAGAUGAGAUCUGUACCAGCAUGAGGAGAAGUAUGAAUUGUGCGAGAGGAUAUACCGGAACUGAAGGCGGGCAUCAAAGUGUUCUCUGAUCAAAGGGCUGUGCGGUGGAUUUGAGCAAAGAUUCCUCUACUUCACCAACUGCAUCCACCAUGACAGAAAAUGUUGUCCCUGCUACCCAGCAAGGGGACCCAGCUGCUGCAGCACCCAGCCUCAGCAGCACCCCUGGGGACCCGAUGGAUGUGGAGUGUCCCAUCUGCUACCAGGAGUACAACCAGUACACCAAAAGCCCCCGGAUGCUGGAGUGCACGCAUGUUUUCUGCACCGAGUGCCUCCAGAGGAUCCAGCUCUGCCCCUGCGAGCCCUCCAACCCCAGCAGCCCGUCCGCCAUCCCCUGCCCCCUGUGCCGCCACCUCACCCCUCUCCACUCAGGGGACGCCCUCUCCUUACCCUGCAACUCCCGCAUCCUGUCCAGGCUGCCCCCCAUGGCCUACCGCCUGCCCAUGACCAUGGCUACACACCUGGCCACCAUCACCCAGAGAGUGGUGCUGUCCCUGGAGGGCGACAGCAGGGACACUCGCUUCAUCAUCCUGCCCACCGUCAGCCUGCGGGUGCAGCAGAUGCACCCGGAGAGGCCGUACGGGACGGCGCCGGGCAUUGUGGGGGAACAGGAAGUCUUGGAGCAGAGCAAAAGGACGCUGUUCUGUGUGCAGCUGCUGGCCGUCACCUUCUGGGUGCUGUUUGUGAUCACGUGCGUGGUCGGGGUGGUGUUUGGGCCACAUUUCUUUAACAGGAAUCAUUAAUAGGAAGCUUUUCUUAUAGCACAUUUAGCUUAUGAAGUAUAUUAUGAUAUAAAGCACUGUAAAAAGAAGGUUGACACGUGCAUUUGGAAGAGAAUUUUAAACACAAACUUAUUUUCCAUUAUAUUUAGUUGAAUAUAUGUUUGACCACUAUCUACCCUGUUGUUAUGGGACCAAUUUAUAUCCACAUUUUAUUUAUAAAAUACCCAUUUACACCAAUUCUGACUUGUGUACUGCAUAUUUGUUGCGCUUUCAUUAUUGAUAGACUGAUAAAGAGUUCCCUCUAGUGGUGUAUUUGGUGAUGUAUGAGCUGAGAUCAACAUUUUAAAUAAGGACUAAAACUAAAUCUGCUCUGUUUUCACAAGAGUUUAUAAAGUGUUCUCUUUGUGCCUGUUUUUAAUAUCAUUAUAAAGAUUAUAGCUGUCCUGCAGAUGCACAUGUUUGAAUAAAGCGACCUUACACACA